GAAGCAUUCUUCAACCACAACAAGCCACCACUCUUCUGGCGCUCGCGUCUCAAUUCUCCCUUUGUUUCUUCUUACUUUCUCUGCCUCAUUCGCUCGGAAUCUCAGACUGUAUCACGGGGGCGCAACAACAUGAAGUUCUUCAGGCGUAAUAAAGACAAGCGGAAGGCCAGCGUCGGUGGUUCGGCCAUAGCAGCCGCCCUGCCGGGCUUCGGUUACAGCCCCAACAGACAAGUCUUGGGCGCCGGCUUCGAUGACGACUCCCGAAACCCUUACCCCUCCUACGGCCACGCCCGGAACGAUUCAAAUGGUCCGUGGGGUUCUCAGUAUCGCCAUAUGGUGACGCGGGAGUCUGCCACCAUUCUCGCGAACCUCCCAGCCCCGAUUCUCGAACGCAUAUUCACUUUUGUAUGCCCCCAUAGCAGGGAUACGAGCUACGAGACUUGUGAAGCCAGCUCGACCGAAGAUGCUUGCAUGCUGUGCGACUUGCGCGAUCUGGCGCAUUGUGUCGCCGUGUGCAAGAGGUGGAGGAGAGAGGGCGUCAAUCUUCUAUACUACAGCAUCCGCAUCGACCAGGUGCAUUAUUGCGACCGCGAGGCAGACUUAGCCGAAGCCCGCAAGCGCAAAGCCCGAUUUGAUCGCAAUGGAGAACCCGAGGAUACGGCGCAGGCGCGCCUCAAAUUGCUAUGCCGCACUCUCCGCGAGGAUCCCGUGCGGCUAGGAAGGAUCGUGGAAUUCUUCAAGACGCCUUAUAUGCUGCGAGAAUCCUGCAGGGCCGAUCUGGCGCGGACGAUCGCUGUAACGCCAAACCUCAAGUAUGUCGAUUUGCCCGAAGGCCUGUUUGCAGAUGAUCCCGCCUUCGUGACCCUUCGGCUCGAAGUACAGGCGCGAUGCCUUCACCUACGAAAGAUGAUAUAUAUGGCAGGUGCGGAGCAUAGUCUGCAGAUGCUGGCCACCGGAAAAGUGUGGCCUCACCUGGAGGUAUUGGAGCUGGUACGCGUGGAAGUCGACCCGGCAAUCCUACGCCAGGUGCUUGGUUGCUUAAAGAGCUUGCGCGUCCUGAAGAUCAACGACACAACCUGCGUCACCGACGAGACUUUGGCGUGGAACGACAUGUUGCCUCCUUUUCCCCCACUUGAAGAGCUUAUCCUUACCAACGUUCCCAAUGUCACCACAGAAGGCUUGAGGGGCUGGUUAAUGGACCCGAACGCGCAGAGCGCACUGCGAGAGCUUACCCUGAACAGUACAGGCGUAUUCCCUUGGGCCUUGCAAGAGUUCUUGCCGUAUGCUCCAAAGCUUAAGCACCUUUCCGUGAUGGACAGUGUCGCCCAAGCCGUGCCGUCCGCCAACGGUCAAUACUUUGCACAGACUCUUAACUCGACAAGUCUCCAGACCUUACACUACGAGAUCACCGCGGCCUCGUCGACUCCCAAAUACUCUGGCAUUACCUCGAGCUAUUACAGCUUUCUGGCAACUUCCUUACUGACAGGCGGACUACCAAACCUACAGGCACUCUAUGUGCGAGACCCGAACUUCCCCGACAUGUUACUCGGUCUUCCCACACCUUCCCCCGGCUUUGUUGGAGCCAGUAUGGGACGCCCUUCCAGUAGCGGCUCGAAUCGUGGUUUCUCCCCCAACAGUGGGCCCAUGAACUUUUCACAACCCGGCUCUGGGUUUGGACCUGCUGCUGGUGGUAGCUUUCAUUCACACCAAGGCAGCUUAUCAGGCUUUGCUCCUCCCACCGCUCCCUUCGUGCCCGGCCAUCGUCAAUUUGGGUCCGUAUCUUCGGUUAACAGCUUCACGGGUUUCCUGCAGCCGGCAGCCGGCAAACAACCGCCUCCCAACCAUCGCUUCAGCAGUAACAACCCCUUUGCCAACUUGGUAGCCCCACCUGCAAAUCUCCCUGCCAAGCUCGAGGUGUUCACCAAAGGCGACGACGAAACCACCUGGUCCUUUGUAAAGGUCGGCGGUGGGCCGGCAACGUCCCCUGGCGCGAAUGAAAGCCCACAGAGCGGCUAUGGGCGGAGGGGCAGCGGCGCUGGUGCGAGGAGGAGCGUGCUGAUCGGUGGUGCCGGGGCUGGCGGUGGUUUCUUGGCCUUGCCGGCUGAAGAUCCUGGCAGAAGCACUCGGGGAGGGAGUGUAGAUAGGGGGACUGGAUUUGGCGGUGGUUCUGGUGGGGAUGAGGAGUUGUGGCCUAGGCCCAAGAGCAGUUCCGGGGAGAAGAAGAAGGAGAAGCAGGAUUUGUGGCGGUAGUCUGAUCUGAAGCCGAAAUAUUAGGUGGUUGAUUUCGAAGAUGGGUAUUUUCCGGACUGUCGCCUGUGAGCUGGCACAUGGUGGUUCCUGCGGGUUUGUUUGUCUGCCCUGACUGUUUAGCGUGAAUGUGAAUGACAUGCUCAGCUGUCUGACAAAGGGGGGUAAUAUGGGAACGGUGGGCGGAGUGUUAGCGGGAACGUUAAGAUGGGGUGAUAAACAAAAAACAGGUUGCAACUGUCCUUUAAUGUUGUACUGUGAUAUCUCGAAACUGUACAGUAGUAAAUAAUUCCUCUCACCCCUUCCUCCAAGUAUAUUAUGUCCUGCCUGUCCUAGUUACAUUCUCAGUA